CGUCACCUCGGCGAACGUUAACUGUCGUAGGCAUACCUAACGCUAACCGUCAUUAUUCUGCUUCGUCUAGAAAAACUAUUUCCAAAUGGUGGGCGAGCAUCCCUACAGCAAGGGGACGUGCUUCAUGCGGUGGUACGCGCUUGCCUUCUGCUUCGUCGUCGCGCCCAUCACGGUGGUCAUCUGGUGUCACUACAUCCUGAGGAAACCGUUCCUCACGCACGGGCCCGCCCACCUCCUCCAGAUCGUCAACGUGUUCUCUUGCCUGGUGGUGUUCGCCCUUGCCUGCAUGAUAGUCCGCGACCUGGCGUCCAAAGUCGCCGCCAAGCUCAAGGAGGAAUUGGACUCCGACCGAAUGACCGCUUCCCGCCUCGAGGAGUUUCGCCUCGCGUGGCUCAACCUGCGCCAGCUGACGCUUGACCUAGGCAGCAUGCCUCUCACGGGCUUGUCGAUGGUGUUCUACCUCCUCGUCAUGUUGACGCUGACCAGCUACCAGUCCGCCGUGUCCUACUACAACAACUACAUCCUCCUGUGCUUCGGCAGCACCGGCGUCCUAAUCCUGUCCCAGUUCGCGCUCAUCCACAUCUGCGACACGGCGCACCGGCUGAAAGACGUGAUGUCGGAUGGUUUCUACGAACCUCUAGCGUCGAAAAGCUGGAGGGGACUGCCGGCCGACCUGCUCACUGAGCACCAGCAGUUUUUACACACGAUAUCGACUAACCCGGCCGAGGUGACUUUUAUGGGCAUGAUCAGCGUCAAACGUCCAACAUAUCUAAGCAUCAUGGCAGCCAUUGCCACAUACCUGAUAGUUCUCUUCCAGCUUCGGAUGUCCGACGAAGAUUUGCCAACAAAAGCGACGGCUAAUUCAACAGAAUCCAGUUUGGAUUCUUUAUUUGGCAGCAAAACGUCGAAAUAAAAUUUUCCUUUUUUUA